ACACGGCUGACACGGAUCUAAAUUUUAGGAUGUUGAUCAUGGAAGCUCAGGUGGAUGUGGUCUGCUGUAAAUCAGUAGGAACUGAUCUGUCCAUGCUGGAUAUUGAGGAUUUGAUCACAGAAAUCUGUCAGCUGAAGAAAGAGGUGGCGUCACUGGAGGAGAAGCUGAGAGAAAGAGGAGACAAACUCAACAGAGAGGAUCUGGAGAAGGUAUCAGUGCGUGCAAGUCAUAGGACAAAAGCUCACAAUCAUGAAUCCACCGACCAAUCCCCCGACAGUAACGCUGGAGAUCAGCAGACGCUGAAGAUGUGCUCCGUCAAACUGGUGGACUGCAGGAACCUGAUCCAGAGCAGAGAGGAAGAACGACAACACAGCGACGAGGAGGAGCAGGAUGAAGAUUGGAUUAAUGGUGAUGAAGAUGUUGAAAUUGAUGAUGGGACAGAAGCUCAGGAUCCAGUCUGGAACGUCAUCGAUCAGGGAUCCAGAGACACACAGGACUCAGAGCUCAGCCUCAUUUUACUCUGUUAUACUGACACUCAGGAUCAUGAAUCCACCGAUCAAACCUCCGACUGUAACGCUGGAGAACAGCAGACGCUGAAGAUGUGCUCCGUCAAACUGGUGGACUGCAGGAACCUGAUCCAGAGCAGAGAGGAAGAACACAGCAACGAGGAGGAAGAUGAUGAUAAUGGGAAUGAUGAUGAUGAUGAUCAGAAUAGGGAUGACCCGAAUGGUGAUGAUGGUGAUCAGAAUAAGAAUGACGAAGAUCAGAAUGAUGUUGAUGACUUUGUUCCUUCAGAUGAAAUCACUGCUACAUCUUCUGAUGGAGAAAUUGCCUCCACAUCCAAGGAGCGAUGGACGUUCAGCAAACGGGCUCAUUUAGUGAGAAGAAACGAAGAACAGAAGAUGUACACCUGCCACAAAUGCAACAUCAGCUUUCCGACAUUAAAAGAGAGGAAACGUCAUUCAAAAAAGCAUGAAAAGAAGAAGGAGUUUCGCUGCGAAGAGUGCGGGAAGGUGUUUUUCACCUUUCCUUACAGUAUGAGAGCUCACAUGAAGACCCACGAGAAGAAGUCUGUCCCGUGUGACGUGUGUAACAAGCUUUUCCGCAACUUCCACAAUCUUGCUGUUCACAAGAGGACGCACACCGGCGAAAAGCCGUUCCAGUGCCCUCAGUGCGAGAAGAGCUUCAGCCAGAAAACGCAUCUGAAGAACCAUUUACUCAUGCACACCAACGAGAGACCGCAUCAGUGCCCUCACUGCGAGAAGAGAUACAACGUCAGAUCAGACCUAAAGAAACACGUGCUCAGGCACGGCGGCGAGAGGCCGCGGAAACAAGUGGCCGAGCACAGCGAUCAGAGGACGGGAAAACCUGUUCAGAAGCACAGCGGCGAGAGGCCGUGCCAGUGCGGAGAAUGUGGAAAGACCUAUAAAAACUCGACGUCUCUGAAGGCCCACCAAAAAACGCACUCCGACAAACCGUAUCAGUGCUCGCACUGUGAGAAGCGUUUCAAUCAUCCCACGCACCGGAAAACCCACGAGCGGAUUCACACCGGAGAGAGACCGUACCUGUGCUCCGACUGCGGGAAGAGCUUCGCCAGUUCGGCUUCACACAGGCUUCACCAGAGAACACACACCGGAGAAAGACCGUACUCCUGCAGUGACUGCGGCAAGAGCUUUUAUAAGAUGAGUGACUUAAAAAUACACCGCAGGACUCAUACAGGAGAAAAACCUUUUAAAUGCUCGCACUGCGGCAAGACUUUUACCCGAGCAAGUGCCAAGAAUCUCCACGAAAGACGUCAUACGGGAGAGAAACCCUUCUGCUGCUCCAUCUGCGGCGAGAGAUUCGCCUUUAAAUGGCUUUUUGAGACGCACCAGAAGAAACACGCUGCUCCAGAAUCAUCAUAGCUUCAUCAUUAGUCCUUAAUUAGGAGAAAAACACCUUGUGUUGUUACCAGAACAUUACUUUAUGGCUGUAAGAAAAUCCUUGUAAUUGUGUAAAUUAAAUGCGGUACAUUGCGAUUAAAAAUAGCUCGUGUUACUGUUU